CUCUCUCUCUCUCUUAUCUCCAUAUUGGCACUACGCGCGGCACCCCUGACCGAAACCAAGCGGGAGAGCGUGUGACAGCUUCAUCUCAACUUUCUGGGGAAAGAAGCGCCGCUCGAUGAUGUAGUAGUCUUAUCGUCUUUUAUGUGUGUGUGUGGGUGGGUAUGAUGGAUGGAGAUGGAUGGAUGGGGUAGAACGAUCUACCUCUACCGGUACCGCCUUGUUAUCACCACCACCAACACCAUGCUAACGGCUCGCUUGUUGAUAACUGUGAUUUCUGGGGAAGACGUCUCAAGAUCCUUUGGGCGAGGGAUGGAGGCUCAAGUGCGCCUCCAUACGGACCACCCGAACGGACCCUCGGGAAGCAUGGGGCAGCAUAUGGGGGGAAAAAAAGGUCUCGAAACGCUAGCUGACUCGGUGGAGCUCGCUUUUUUUUCCCUCACGGCGCGGAACGGAGCCUCACGAUCCUUGACCCCAUACCCACACAUUCACGAUGCCUCGAUCGGUCCAGCUCGGGAGGUCGACGCAGUCCCAGUAGGGCGGUGGAGUCUCCUCGCGGCAAACGGCACUUUACAAGGGCUUUCCAUCAUCAUGGAUAUUACUAUCGGACCCUUUAUCUCGAGAACCCGUCCGUUCUCACCUCUUCUUCUUUUUCUUCCCAUCUUUUGUUCUAGGUACACCUACUAUCUUGUGCCUACUAGACACUACACAAUACCCCCCUUUCUUUGUUUGAAAUAUAACACAAACCGCCGAAUCUCUUAUCAGCUUUACUCGAUAUUUUAUUGUUCACCGUAACGGCGUCUUACAUAUCGUAUCCCGCCUCUUAUCAACCAACAUCUUACACCGGCACGGCACACCCCCUUCCACACACACACAGCCACAGGAUAAAGUCCGAACACAGAUAAGCUCCCGCAUCCUGGUGACCAUACGUCUUAUCCCUGGAUCCCGGUGAAUAUUUGUGUUGUGA